AUGCCACUGCCAUUUGGAUUGAAACUAAAACGCACCCGGCGCUACACGGUAUCCAGCAAGAGCUGCCUGGUUGCCCGGAUCCAGCUGCUCAACAAUGAGUUUGUAGAGUUCACGCUGUCCGUGGAGAGCACUGGCCAGGAGAGCCUAGAGGCUGUGGCCCAGAGACUGGAGCUGCGGGAGAUCACUUACUUCAGCCUCUGGUACUACAACAAGCAAAACCAGCGCCGGUGGGUAGAUUUGGAAAAACCUCUAAAGAAGCAGCUGGAUAAAUAUGCAUUGGAACCUACCAUCUAUUUUGGAGUGGUGUUUUAUGUGCCUUCAGUUUCACAGCUGCAGCAGGAGAUCACCAGGUAUCAGUAUUAUCUGCAGCUGAAGAAAGAUAUCUUGGAAGGAAACAUUCCUUGUACAUUAGAACAAGCAAUUCAGCUAGCAGGCUUAGCUGUUCAAGCUGAUUUUGGUGACUUUGAUCAGUAUGAAUCCCAGGACUUUCUUCAGAAAUUUGCCUUGCUUCCUGUGGAGUGGUUACAAGAUGAAAAAGUAUUGGAAGAAGCAACCCAAAAAGUGGCCUUACUGCAUCAGAAAUACAGAGGGCUGACAGCUCCUGAUGCUGAAAUGCUAUACAUGCAGGAGAUAGAGAGAAUGGACGGCUAUGGAGAAGAGAGCUACCCUGCCAAGGAUAGCCAAGGCAGCGACAUAUCCAUCGGAGCGUGUCUCGAAGGUAUCUUUGUGAAACAUAAGAAUGGAAGGCCUCCUGUGAUAUUUAGGUGGCAUGAUAUUGCUAACAUGUCCCACAAUAAGUCCUUUUUUGCAUUAGAGCUGUCAAAUAAAGAGGAGACCAUCCAGUUUCAGACUGAAGACAUGGAAACAGCAAAAUACGUGUGGAGACUCUGUGUUGCGCGACACAAGUUUUACAGAUUGAAUCAGUGCAGCCUGCAAACUCAGACCGUCAUAGUGAACCCAAUUAGGAGGAGGUCUUCUUCGAGGAUGUCUCUGCCUAAACCCCAGCCCUAUGUGAUGCCUGCCCCACCCCAGCUGCAUUAUAAUGGACAUUAUACAGAACCAUACACUUCUUCCCAAGAUAACCUGUUUGUGACCAACCAGAAUGGAUACUACUGUCACUCUCAGACGAGUUUGGAUCGAGCCCAGAUUGACCUGAGUGGUCGCCUCCGCAACGGCAGUGUCUACAGUGCACACAGCACCAGCUCCUUAAACAACCCCCAGCCCUACUUGCAGCCCUCACCCAUGUCCUCGAACCCGAGCAUCACCGGGAGUGACAUCAUGAGGCCUGACUACGUCCCGUCGCACCGGCACAGCGCCCUGAUCCCCCCGUCCUACCGCCCGACCCCCGACUAUGAGACGGUGAUGAAGCAGCUCCACAGAGGCCUGGCGCCCGCCGAGAGACAGAGCCACUCGCUGAGAAACCUCAACAUCGGCAGCUCGUACGCUUACAGCAGGCCCGAUGCUCUGGUCUACAGCCAGCCCGAGAUCCGGGAGCACGCGCACUUCAGCUCCCCCCCGUCGGCCCACUACCCGUUCAACCUGAAUUACAGUUUCCACAGCCAGGCCCCUUACCCGUACCCCGCAGAGAGGCGGCCGGUGGUGGGUGCCGUCAGCGUGCCCGAGCUGACGAACGUGCAGCUCCAGGCCCGGGACUACCCAGCCCCCAACAUCAUGAGGACGCAGGUGUACCGCCCGCCGCCCCCCUACCCAUACCCCAGGCCCGCCAACAGCACCCCUGACCUGUCCCGCCACCUCUACAUCAGCAGCAGCAACCCUGAUCUCAUCACCCGGCGGGUCCAUCACUCUGUCCAGACGUUCCAGGAGGACAGCUUGCCGGUGGCGCAUUCCCUGCAGGAGGUCAGCGAGCCCCUGACCUCGGCCCGGCAUGCCCAGCUCCAGAAGAGGAACAGCAUUGAGAUCGCCGGGCUGACCCACGGCUUUGAGGGCCUGCGGCUCAAGGAGAGGACCAUGUCGGCGUCGGCGGCAGACGUGGCACCGCGGGCCGUCUCCGCGGGCUCCCAGCCAAACGUCGUCAUGGAAAGGACAAAGCGAGAAGAGGACGAUGAGCAGCAGAGCCUGAGAUACGGUCACAAAAAGUCUCUUUCAGACGCCACCAUGCUGAUACACAGCAGCGAGGAGGAGGAGGAGGAGGACUUGGAGGAGGGGCGCGGGGCGCAGGCGCGGGCGCCCCGGGGCAGCUACUCCCAGCAAGCCCCGCGGAGUGGCCCCCACACGCCCGGCCCCCAGGCCGCCGGCCCAGCGCACAACCUUGAGUCCAAGGCCCACGUCACUGAGGCCGAGAGGAAGGGGAGGGCCCGCAGCCCAGUUCCCACGCCCGGGGAGGACCCGCGGCCCAGGAGGGACGGGCUGCUGACGCCCUCCAUGUCCGAGUCUGACCUUACCACGUCGGGGAGGUACCGCGCCAGGAGGGACUCUCUGAAGAAGAGGCCGGUGUCAGAUCUCCUCUCCGGAAAGAAGAACGUCGUGGAAGGGCUUCCGCCGUUAGGGGGAAUGAAAAAGAGCCGAGUAGAUGCAAAAAAAAUUGGUCCUCUCAAACUGGCUGCCCUAAAUGGACUCUCCCUGUCUCGACUGCCUCUGCCUGAUGAAGGAAAGGAGGUGCCUGCCAGAGCCACGAAUGAUGAGAGGUGUAAAAUUCUGGAACAGCGGUUAGAACAAGGAAUGGUAUUCACAGAAUAUGAAAGAAUUCUUAAAAAACGGCUCGUUGAUGGGGAGUGCUCAACAGCACGACUCCCUGAAAAUGCAGAAAGAAAUCGGUUCCAAGAUGUUCUUCCCUAUGACGAUGCCAGAGUGGAACUGGUCCCAACCAAAGAAAACAAUACCGGUUACAUCAACGCGUCACAUAUUAAGGUCUCUGUCAGUGGAAUUGAAUGGGAUUAUAUUGCCACUCAGGGACCAUUACAAAAUACCUGUCAGGACUUUUGGCAGUUGGUGUGGGAACAGGGAAUUGCAAUUAUAGCAAUGGUGACAGCAGAAGACGAGGGUGGAAGGGAGAAGAGCUUUAGGUACUGGCCACGCCUUGGUUCCAGGCACAACACUGUCACCUAUGGAAGGUUUAAGAUCACCACCCGGUUCCGCACAGACUCUGGCUGCUAUGCCACCACGGGCUUGAAGAUGAAGCACCUUCUCACGGGGCAGGAGAGGACAGUGUGGCAUCUCCAGUACACAGACUGGCCUGAGCAUGGCUGUCCAGAGGACCUCAAGGGAUUUUUAUCAUACCUUGAAGAGAUCCAGUCUGUUCGACGCCAUACAAAUAGUACAAGUGAACCAAAAAGCCCCAACCCUCCGUUACUGGUCCACUGCAGUGCUGGCGUGGGACGGACUGGCGUCGUUAUUUUGUCAGAGAUCAUGAUUGCCUGUCUGGAACACAACGAGGUGCUGGACAUCCCACGGGUGCUGGACAUGCUGAGGCAACAGAGAAUGAUGAUGGUGCAGACCCUCUGCCAGUACACGUUCGUAUACCGAGUUCUCAUUCAGUUCCUGAAAAGCUCAAGGCUCAUAUAA